AUGACUGGUGAAUGGGUCCAUCUCGAAGCAGCUGGCCACGUGUGUAUUCUGAAAGAUGCCCUUGACUUUGAAAGCCCGGCAGAAGUCGCGAGCCUCGUCCAGGCCCGCCAAGUGGACGCUGCCCUGGCCUUGCAUCUCUACAGAGGAGGCCGACUUCUGCAAGGUCUGCACGUCCCUUUUGGAAUCAUCUUUGGCGGAACCGAUUUAAAUGAAGACGUGAACCAGAGAGAAAAGAAUGAAGUGAUGGGGAAAGUCCUUGAAGAAGCCAGGUUUGCGGUGGCGUUCACAGAGGCCAUGAAGGAGGCGGCUCACCGGCAGUGGCCGCACGUGCAGGGUAAGAUCUACGUCCAGAGUCAAGGAGUUGCAGCUGUGCCGAACCCCACCUUUAACUGGGACGCCUUUCUGCAGCGCUUGGGGAUCAACUGCAGUGCUGACCACCUACAUGUGUUCCUCCUGAUCUGUGGCCUGAGACAAGUCAAGGACCCCCUGUACCUGCUGGAUGCCUUCUCAGAAUGGCAUCAAGAAGAUUCCACUGUGUACAUGGUGAUCGUUGGUCCAGAAGUCGACCCAGUGUUUACCAGAGCGGUCAAGGCCAAGGUGGAGAGGAGCGCGGGGGUCCGGCUGGUGGGAGAGAUGGCCCAGGCAGACCUCCACGCCGUGGUGAAGAACUGCUUCGCCCUGGUGAACAGCUCUGUCUCCGAGGGCAUGUCAGCGGCCAUUCUGGAGGCGAUGGCCCUGGAGGUCCCGGUGCUGGCGAGGCACAUCCCAGGCAACGCAGCUGUGGUGAAGCACGGAGUCACGGGGCUGCUGUUCUCAGACCCACAGGAGUUUGUCCAACUGGCGAAGCGACUGGUCAGUGACCCCACCUUAGAGAAAGACAUUGCAGCCAACGGAAGGGAGUAUGUGAGGACGUGUCACUCCUGGCUGGUAGAGAGAGACACCUACCAGCACCUCAUCAGGACUCUGGAGGCCGAUGCCCAGGACUAGGGAGCUCCGUGCUGGCCCCGCCAUGCCCAGCCAGGGGUACCCAGGGACAGCUCGGGCUGCUGGUGGCCCUGCCUGUGCCAGCUGCAGACCCUGGGGAGCCCGCCCCAUGGCUGGGUCACCUGCAGCUGCCCCACUGUGCCCUCUGACCAGGGCGCUCUGAAGAGGGGCGCAUUUCCAGGGAAUAAAACGGGCCCCGCCCACCCGUUCUACGAAAGCAUCUCAGCUUCUUGCAUUGUCCUGUCCUGCAGGAAGAGCCCUCACCCCCCCCCACCCCACCCCGCACCCGGAUUUAGAGGCAAGUGUGACACCAGAGCACCUGAUUAGUGGGGUCUCAUGUGCGUUCUUAAUUCAAAGCUUGGACCCCCUGAAUGACCUUCCUGUGUGGUGUCAGGCAGCCCCACGCAGUCCCCGUCACUCGGGUUUCUGGGGUUGGCAUUCAGUGUGCUGGUGUGUGGGCAGUGGUGGCCGAACACACUGACCCUGGAUGGGGGAUGCGUUGACUGGGGGAGGGCAGCGUGGCCUGGCCCCUGGGUACCUUCUCCACGGAAGGCCUCACUCCUGGGUGUGGGCUCUGGAAAGCAGGGAGAUGGGGGGCGGCCUCCUGCCUUUCUGUGCCCCCUCACUGCCUUUCUGUACAUUGCAGGCCACAUCCCCUUCACCUGGGGGCUCUUGUGGGAACUUGCUGGUACUUACUGCCCUCUGCCAGGCUGCUGGUGGGGGGAAUCACCUUCCUCUGCUCCCCCUCCCCCAGGGCUGGGAUAUCUGACUCAGUGCAUCCCUGCUCUGUUGGUCUAUUAUAAAGGGACAUGACUCAGGAAUAGCCUGGUGACAGAGGGAGAUGUGGGGGACGUGGGGAUUUCUAUGACCCCCCACCCCCCAGACACUCUACUCUCGCAAAACGACCUGGACCCUCUCCCCUGAGCCCUAUCCUUGGGGAUUUUAUAGAGCUCAGGACAGUCGCACUAAGUCACCACUUGCUGUGGUGUGGCUUACCCUCACCUGCUCCCCUCCCUCGGGUCAAGCUGGGGGAGUGUGUGCCACCUCUGCCACCACCCUCAUCGGGGUUCAGAAGUCACCUCCUAAUAUAAGGAGAGACUCACCUUUAUUGUGACUUAGGACGCCCCAAGGGCUUCAGGUGCCAGAACAAAGACCAGCAGUGUCUUAUUAUCAACCUAGUGUCAGGCCCCCCCAAAAGAGGGGGCUGCCCAGAGGAGCUCCCCCUCAGGGUUGGUCCUCUGCCACUGAGAUUCUGCAGCUCUUGCAGGCCUCGGAUGUAACUCCUAUCCUCUGAAGGCCGCCUGCCCCACCCCCCCCACACCCAUGGAUUGGCCGGCAGAGGUGUCUGCAAUGACUCAAAGCCCCUGCUUCUAAAUUAAAGCCUCAGAGCCGGAGGGGAUGUGGGUUUGCAUUGGACUCUCUAAAGUGGCCUUUCGUGUUGGGGCCAGUGCAAUCAAGCAUGUUGACUGUGAAGGGGGCUGGGUCUGGGUAGGCGAGAGCUUUCUGGCCCAGGGGCCAGCGACUUAGGAAGGAGAAGCCAUUUCUGGAGUAGGGGUCUGACUCCCACAAAGAAGAGUGCAUGGAAAGUGACGGCCUCCCGGGCGCCUGGUGCAUGGUCCUGGAAACAGCAUUUCACUCACGAAUCUGACAGGUAGUCCAGCUCCUCCGUGAAGAUGCCCUGGGGAGCUGCAUGUUAGGGAACACUGUCGUGGGGCACACCAGGACCCUGGAGCUGGACUAGAGGGAACCUCUGGAGGCUUGGUUCUCAGGGCAGAGGGGGAAUUGCUUUUAGAUGAAGAGCUGAAUCCAUGGGAAGUGGGCCUUUCCCCGUGGGCUGCACUGGGGUCUGAUGUCCAGACGGCUGGGCUGGUCUGUGGCUCAGGGGAGCAGGUGCUGCUGUGGGGCGGGGCCCAGGAGGCCGAGUGACCAGUCACGCCCCUCUCGUGGGCUCGCUCAGCCUGGGCUCCACCUCUCACAGAUGGAUGUCUUCAGCUAGAGCAGAGCCCGCUGUGGAAGGAGGUGAGACCAAGUCAGGCAGAACUUGAAGCUCCAACUGUUUUCAAAUGAGCCCAACACCCAGGGAGCUCCAGGUUACCUCUGGGAAAUUCUUGAUUGGC